UUUUUUUUAUUCACUAGAUUAUUUCUGUUUGUAAAAACUGAUGCUCCAUUCUGGAUUGCAGAUCUAUAAUUUUAUUACAUAUAGUAGUUUUAGCACUUCCUCGUGAUUGUUAACAUAUUUGGAGUCUUAUAUGUGAGCUACCAUAAGCAUCCUGAUCUCUCUUUUUAGUCAUUAUCUCUAACACGAGACUGUCUAGGUGGGUUCCAUAUGAUGUUGCGAAGGUACUUCUAGACAGGAGAAAGUAUGUGGUCUUAUCUGAUUUUGAUCCUUCACAAAAUGGAGAUUCAUCAUCAGCCCAACCUAGAAAUAUUACUGAUAAUUAUAUGGAAAUGGAAGAGCAACAUGAUGACCCUUUCCAGGAAGGUUCAAAUGACAUUUAUUUUAAUAAUGAUGAAGAAAUGACCGAACUUGAUUCAGAGGAUUCAGACAAUGAAUCAGACUCUGAAUCCAGUGAUCCAACAACAGUGGAAUCAGAAGAUGUUGAUGCCAGUAAUAUUUUGAUAGGGUUAAAGGGAGCUCAUCUUAAAUACAAGGAUCUUCAACAAGCGUUUGAUCCCAGUCACAGAAAGUUCAUUGAGACCCAGUUGCAUCGAUACCAGAUAGUUGUGGGAAAGGAGCUCUCUGAGAGAAUGGCUUACUCACUAGGAUGAUUUAUAAAUCUUGUGUUAUCUUAAUUGAAAUUCGAAGGUAUGCUUCUUGGAGCUUGUGCAUUCGAGCUUGUGCCUUCUCAAUCGCCAAAAUUUGCAUGUUGUUUUCGAGAAGUCUUUUUGCACUUGGUGAUGUAUUCUCUGAAUCUGCUCACUCAAAUUAGAUGGCUUGGAAGUAGUUCUUAUAUGUUUAAGAUUAAAACUUUUUGUUAUUUUCUAUAUAUUUAAUCUGUGGUGGGAAAAUAAAAAACUUAUUUUUAUCCAUAGAAUUCUGGAUUUAUAUGGAUACAUUCUAAAAGUUAAUGGUUUGUAAACUCGUGAUGAUAUUAUAUACUAGGCUGUGUUUUUAUUUUGAUCCAAAA